CAUACAUGGAGGUCAAAGAGAAGGUCAGAAUCGUAAUUACCGUAGCCUCUCUUGUGGCGGCGACAGUUCUGCUCGUGGCGGAGUAUCGGCGGCGCCGCCACGGGAGGAAGCAGACAUCUUCUCUGAGCUCGUGUUAUCUACAUUCCGAGACCAAACCACAGUUCAGUUUCAAACGAGUUCUUGCGGACAACUCUUACUCUGGUUUCAAACACUUGAAGAAGCUUGACGAUGUGUCUUCUUCUUCCUCCAUAGAGAAACCUAACAAUUAUCAUCCGUAUGAAACUGAGAUCAAUGUCUUGUUAGAGAAUCCUCGUCUUGAGUUAUUGAGAGGAGAGUAUUCACUAGAGAUGAGUGAUUCUUACGUGUGGGUUGAGACAGAGUCUGAGUUGAAGAAGCUUGCAGAGACUUUGGCUAAAGAAAAGGUCUUUGCAGUUGAUACUGAACAACAUAGUUUGCGGUCGUUUCUUGGUUUCACUGCUUUGAUUCAGAUUUCUACACAAGAGGAGGAUUUUUUGGUGGAUACGAUUGCAUUACAUGAUGCAAUGAGUAUACUUCGUCCUGUUUUCUCCAAUCCUGAUAUUUGCAAGGUGUUUCAUGGAGCUGACAAUGAUAUUCUAUGGCUUCAGAGAGACUUCCAUAUAUAUGUUGUUAACAUGUUUGAUACUGCCAAGGCGUGUGAGGUAUUGUCAAAGCCUCAAAGGUCACUAGCAUACUUGCUUGAGACAGUCUGUGGAGUAACUACUAACAAAUUGCUUCAGCGUGAAGACUGGAGACAACGUCCACUGUCCGAAGAGAUGGUGCAAUAUGCUAGAACAGAUGCACACUAUCUACUCUAUAUUGCUGAUAAGUUGACUUCUGAGCUCACACAGCGAGGCACUGAAGAAUCAUCUAACCCGGAUGACAAGUUCAGUUUUCUACUCGAGGCUAGUAGACGGUCAAACACGAUAUGUUUACAAUUGUACACUAAAGAAACCGAAGAUUUUCCUGGGAAUUCUGCUGCUUCCUCGUUAAUUCAUCGUCAUUUAAACGGCCAUGGAGAUAGUUCUUCCAUCUCCUUGGAUGCAAAGGAGCUUGUAAGGGAACUUUGUGCAUGGAGAGACUUAAUGGCAAGAAUUCAUGAUGAAAGCACUCGAUAUGUUCUGUCAGACCAAGCUAUUGUUGCUCUUGCCAGUAAGCAGCCAACAACAACUGAUGAAGUAUAUGAUUCGAUAGCUCAAGCAGAUUUGUCUACAGAGUCUAUUCAAUCUCCAUCUGCUGUUAUUUGUAGUCAUUUGGAUGAUGUCUAUCAAAUGACUCAGGACAAGUUAGAUAAGCUGGAUGCUCUUUUACCACUAGUUCUUGAGAAAUGUUUGGGUACAGACGGAACAUGUCCAGUUUCUGUCUUCAACUACACACUUCUGAUAAACUUCAAGACAAAGCUCGGCGUCCACUCUACUCCCAAGCAAAAUGGACAUAAAAAUAACUUCAAGCAAAUCACUCGGAAGUCAUCAAGAGAUCUUUUUGUCAAGAAGUUUUCAUGCAAGGCUCCGGUUUACCACAACUGUAGCAUAUACGCAAAUGAUGGACGGUUGCUAUGCUAUUGCGAUAGAAAAAAACUUGAAUGGUAUAUGAGUCGUGGUCUUGCGAAGCUAGUUGAAGAAGAACCACCUGCGAUAAUGCUUCUGUUCGAACCUAAAGGACGUCCAGAAGAUGAAGGAAAUGAUUUCUAUAUUCAGACCAAGAAGAACAUUUGUGUUGGAUGUGGAGAAGGGAAUCACUAUCUGCGUUACCGGAUAAUACCUUCUUGCUACAGAGUUCAUUUUCCAGAGCACUUAAAGAGUCACAGGUCUCAUGAUAUAGUUCUACUCUGUGUGGAUUGUCAUGAAGUUGCGCACGCUUCUGCAGAGAGGUACAAGAAACAAGUCGCUAGAGAGUUUGGCAUCCCUCUUUUUGUUCGCAGAGUAGUGGAUUCAAAAGAAACACAAGGGGGAGCAUCUUCCGUGGAGUGUGAUGAGUCAACGAGUAACGUUGAGGAUGUUGGUGUCUCUCCAUUACAUCUCAGAACAGCUGCGAUGGCGCUCUUGCGACAUGGGAACAGAAUGCCAUCUAGUCGCCGUGAGGAGUUGUUGCAGACUGUAAAGAUGUAUUACGGUGGAAGGGACAUAUCUGAAGAAGAUUUGGAAAGAGCUUUACUCAUUGGGUUGAGCCCUCAUGAGAGACGAAAACUCGAAAGAAAGAAAAGUGUAUCUCUCAAAUAUUCUACAGAGGUUGCUCAUAUGGACAAACAAGGAAACAGUAGCAAUGUUGGAGAACAUGGUGAGGAAGCUCGUGGAGAUUCCGAGGAAGUUAUGAAUGAAGAAAGUAAGAUAGUUGGAGAUAAUAGUGGAGGAGAUGGAGCUUCAGAGCUAAAUGACACUCAGUGUAAUGGAAAUACGCACCAACAGGACUCGAAACUCUCCUUGUUAGGACAUGGACCACACGGGAAACAGGUAGUGGAGUAUCUCUUAAGGGAACAUGGAGAGGAUGGUGUUCGGGAUUUUUGUCAAAGAUGGAGACAAGUGUUUGUUGAUACUGUUCAUCCUCGCCAUUUGCCUGGUGGGUGGAAUGUUAGUCACAGUGGCCGAAGAGACUUUGGCGAAUUCAGCGUUUAUAAUCCCUCAAAGAAACACUCCACCGGGUAA